GGUAGUCGGGGGAGUGUCUCAGAGGGAAUAGGAUUGUGAAUCGACAGAGAGACACGGCAUCUCUCUCAGAAGACCCGAAGAUGAUCGUCAUAACAUUUACGAUCCUUUCGUGCCUUUUGACAAACUGUCUCUGCACGGACUUCCAUCAGUUUGCGCUCAGGCAUGGUGGCGAGGGACCGCCUGAAUAUCCGAGCUACGCUAGCAAACCCGCCACCGUGGACCGGAGCAUGAAGACCCGGUGCUACGGUCGGUUCCUGUGCGGGAACGGCCGGUGUGUGGAGGGGGCUGUGGUCUGUGACGGCGUGUCUGACUGCGGGGACGGAUCCGACGAGAGAGGCUGCCGACGACGCCCAUACGCGUCCGGCCCGGCACCCCCAGGCGGGCUGAACACCCUGCCCACCGCCAGCUGCCAGCGGCAGUGUGACGUCUCGGACCGCAAGCCUGUGUGCGGGUGGGACGGGAAGCAGACCCGGCAGUACACCGGUGGCUGCCAGAUGGCCAUAGCCUCGUGUGUCCAGAUGCAGCCUAUUACGGCCACACCUUGUCCAGGCCCGACGGCGUCCUGUGCGACUAACCAGUUCCCGUGCACCACCGGUGCGCAGUGCAUCCCUCACCUCAGCCGCUGUGACGGCGUCAAGGACUGUCGGGACGGCUCGGACGAGGUCGCCUGCCCGCAACCAAAUCCCUGCAGUUACAAUGCAUUCCGCUGUCGGUCCGGCGCUUGCAUCCCGAAGCUGAAACUGUGCAACGGCGUGCGGGACUGCAACGACGGCUCCGAUGAAGCAUCGCCACCUUGCGGCUCUGCUCCCGGUCCCGGGCCGGCCCCCGGUCCUGGUCCCGCCCCCGGGCCUGGCCCCGCCCCUGGUCCCGGGCCGAGUCCCGCCCCCAACUGUAACGUGCUCUGCCACAAGCACACCAGCCAGUGUGACGCUGCCUACAGAUGUGUGAACUGCCAGCACAACACGGAGGGGUACAAGUGUGAGCGGUGUAAGGCCGGGUACUGGGGAGAUGCCACCAAGGGAACCCCGCUAGACUGUCGUCCGUUCGCCUCUUACCCCGGCUCCCGGCCUCCUAGCUUCCUCACACCAUGAUUCACCAGCGCUCAAUUGCUUGCGCUUUACAGAAAUGCCUCAUGGAUUUUAUAGUCGUGUAGUUUCAAAUUUGCAAUUGAAG